GGGAGGGGCGGGAGGGAGGGGAGGGAAGACAAAGAGAGGGCGCGGCGGUGGCGGGCGCCCGGGAGGAGCUGACCUCAGCCUGGGGAGGCUUCUCCAGCUUCGGGCAGGCAGGCGGGGCAGCGCCCGGGGCUGAAGAAGUCCCUUUCUCUCCCUCUCCCUGUCCUGUCUGCCGCUCUCUGGUGGCCGCGGUGGGGGACCUGGGGCCUCAUUGGCCGGCCAGGCGCCGUCCUCGGCAUAAAUUGGAGCUCUGGGCUCUCGCUAGGACCGUCUGCUGCCCACAGCCCGGCUGCCCGCCCUCCCGCUGCUCCUGCUGGGUGAUGGAAACCCUGAGCCUGGCUGCCGCCCGGGGCAAGGCCCUCUGGGCUCUCCUCCUGGCCACGCUUGGCUCUGCUGCCGGCCAGCCGCUGGGGGGAGACUCUGGCUGCAUGGCCCGGCCCCUGGCCAAGUACAGCGUCACCUUCACCGGCAAGUGGAGCCAGACAGCCUUCCCCAAGCAGUACCCUCUGUUCCGGCCGCCCGCACAGUGGUCGUCCCUGCUAGGGGCAGCGCACAGCUCCGACUACAGCAUGUGGAGGAAGGACCAGUAUGUCAGCAACGGGCUGAGGGACUUUGUGGAGCGGGGCGAGGCGUGGGCCCUGAUGAAGGAGAUCGAGGCGGCCGGAGAGAAGCUGCAGAGCGUGCACGAAGUGUUCUCAGCCCCUGCUGUGCCCAGUGGCACUGGGCAAACCUCCACGGAGCUCGAGGCCCAUUCCAGGCACUCGCUCGUGUCCUUCGUGGUGCGCAUUGUCCCCAGCCCUGACUGGUUUGUGGGCAUCGACAGUCUGGACCUGUGUGACGGGGACCACUGGAGGGAGCAGGUCGCCGUGGACCUUUACCCCUACGACGCCGGAACAGACAGCGGCUUCACUUUCUCCUCCCCCAACUUCGCGACGAUCCCGCAGGACACAGUGACUGAGAUAACAUCCUCGUCUCCCAGCCACCCAGCAAAUUCCUUCUACUACCCGCGCCUGAAGGCCCUGCCCCCCAUCGCCAGAGUGACCCUGGUGCGGCUCCGGCAGAACCCCAGGGCUUUUGUCCCGCCCGCCCCAGACCUGGUGGACAGGGGCAACGAGAUCAUGGACAGCCUCUCAGUUCCAGAAACGCCGCUGGACUGCGAGGUCUCUCUGUGGUCGUCCUGGGGCCUGUGCGGAGGUCCGUGCGGGAAGCUGGGGGCCAAGAGCAGGACUCGCUACAUCCGCGUGCAGCCCGCCAACCACGGGACGCCCUGCCCGGAGCUGGAAGAGGAGGCGGAGUGCGUGCCUGACAACUGCGUCUGAGCGCAGGGCCCGUAGACCGCAGGCGGCGAGUCUGGUCCUUCAGGGCCAGGGUUGCUGCCAGCAGCCGAGUGGGGCUUCGUCACCUCUCUGAGCGCCACUGCUGAUGACACCCCUACACAGACACGCAACCGGCCGAGGGGUCCUGGUGGGCAGGCGCCCCUUUUUGCAAGCUCUUCCCUCUUAUUCCCACCACGCGGAAGGUCAUCUUCCGUGCAGACGACUUGCACAAGGCGCCCUGCCGGGUGGGCUGCAGGAAAGCCACGCAGCCACACAGCUGGGAAAUACCUGGGCCUGGCCACCCAGGCUCCGCUGGCACCGGAGCCCACACCCACAGCCACUGCUGGAGCCAGGCUGCCACCCAGCACCGCUUCCGGUGUCCGAGCGGGUGACGCACGUGAGAUGGAUAAGGGGGCACACGCAGACACCUCGCCUUGGCGUCCACAUGUUACCCGUCUCUGCACUUGAAUAAAGACUGUUUCCCGAC